AUGUCGACUAUUGCUGACGAAACAACAAUUGAAAAAUUAUCAUCUAUGCUAAUUGAUACAUCAUUACCACUUAAACUUCGAUUUCGUAUACUAUUUACUUUAAAAAAUCUCGAUAGUCAAGGUCAAAAAAAUCAAUCAGAAAAGACAUCAACUGUAGUUGAAGCUAUUUCUCGUGCAUUUAAUGAUACAUCAGCAUUAUUAAAACAUGAAUGUGCUUAUUGUCUCGGUCAAAUGGGUAAUAAAAAUGCUAUUACUAAACUCAUUCAAGUAUUAAACGAUUCCAAUGAAGAUACAAUGGUACGACAUGAAGCAGGAGAAGCAUUAGGUGCUUUGGGAUGUUUUGAUAAUCAAGAUGUAAUUGAUACAUUAACUAAACAAAGUCAAAAUCUACGUGCAGAGAUUUCUGAAACAUGUCAAAUAGCACUUGAUCGUUUAGCAUGGUUAAGAAAAGCGGCAUCUAAUGAAUCAUCUUCGAUUUCAACAGAGAAAAUCUAUUCAACCGUUGAUCCAGCUCCAGCUUUAACUUUGACAACAAUUGAUGAACUUAAAAAAAUUUUACUUGAUGAAAACCGAUCAUUAUAUGAACGUUAUCGUGCUUUAUUCGCUUUACGUAAUAUUGGUAGUGAUGAAGCUGUACUUGCCAUAUGUGAAGGUUUCCAAGCGUCUAGUGCUUUAUUUCGUCAUGAAAUUGCUUUUGUACUUGGACAACUUCAAUCCAUAUGUUCAAUACCGGCACUUCAUCAACAAUUAUCAAUACUUAAUGAAAAUUAUAUGGUACGACAUGAAUGUGCUGAAACACUUGGUUCAAUUGGUACAGAUGAAUGUCGACAUAUUCUUGAAACAUAUUUAAAUGAUAAGGAACGUGUUGUACGUGAAAGUUGUGAGGUAUUUAACCAAAACAAUCGCAAAUUGAUCAGUUUGAUAGCACUUAUUCUUCAAACAACUGGUAUUGUUCUUGUACUACGCUAUUCGCGUACACGUAAAGGUGAACCAUAUAUAUCAUCAACAGCUAUUGUUGCUUCAGAAUUUCUUAAAGGAGUAAUUUGUAUUAUUCUUGUGUGGUUUGAAACAGAUUGUUCAUUGAAUCGUUUGAUAAGAAAGUUAAAUGAUGAAAUCUAUGGUAAACCAUAUGAAACAGUAAAAUUAGCUAUACCAAGUGGAUUAUAUGCUAUUCAAAAUAAUCUUCUUUUUAUUGCAUUAUCUUAUUUAAAUGCUGCAACUUAUCAAGUGACGUAUCAAUUAAAAAUUUUAACAACAGCACUCUGUUGUGUUUUUAUGCUUGGUAAAAAAAUACAAAAACAUCAAUGGGUAUCAUUAUGUAUGCUUGCAAUUGGUGUUGCAUUUGUUACAUGGCCAUCAUCAGAUGAAGUUAAUAAACGUUCAGUAACACAAAGUCAAAAAUCUUGGUUACAACAAUUUAUUGGUUUUGGUGCUGUAUUGAUGGCAACGUUAACAUCAGGUUUUGCUGGUGUUUAUUUUGAGAAAAUACUCAAAACUGGACCUACUUCUGUUUGGGUUCGAAAUAUUCAAUUAGCUAUAUUUGGAACUAUUUUUGGUUUAGUAAUUGUCUGUAUUUUUGAUUAUAAAGCUGUGAUGGACAAAGGCUUUUUUCAAGGGUAUUCAACAGUUGUAUGGAUUGUUAUUUUCCUUCAAGCUAUUGGUGGUUUAAUAAUAGCUGCUGUGAUUAAAUAUGCUGAUAAUAUUAUAAAAGGUUUUGCAACUUCUCUUUCAAUUAUUCUUUCAUCAGUUGUUUCAUAUUUCGUUUUAAAUGAUUUUGCACCAUCAUUAUUUUUCUUUAUGGGAGCAAUAUUAGUUAUAGCCGCUACAUUUCUUUAUGGAUGGGAAAAAAAAGUAAAAGUAACAUCAACAAGUGAUCAAGUACGCAUUUAA